CGUAAAUAUUGUCAUUUUGAUGUCUUUUUCUCAAAAAGUUAGACUUCUUUCCCCUUUUGACCUACUGACCAAACUAGACACUCAAUGGGCCCCCACGUUAUUUUAAAUGUAAACUUUGGUAUCUUCAGGGUGGCCAUUUUGAAUUCACAGGUGUCAUCAUCGUUGCAUUCUGUACAAGACAUGAGGUAAUUGUUAAAACAUGCGUUUCCUGUUUUAAUGAUUGUUUGAUUUGACAACCAGGGCAGUUACAUAAGGAAAUGAGAAAGUGUGUGUGUGUGUGUUUUAAGACGUUUUUAAGACUUUAAUUCAAGACUAUGAUUUUAUAACCACUAAAAGCUGGAGUCGCUCCGUGGUUCGUUUACACCGAUUUCUGUAUUUAACAAUAGCCGGAAAACACUGAGAAGAACUGUGGAACAAACAAGUGUAACACAUGGUGUAACUACACCACUUUCUCUUGAAGACGGAAAUGAAGACGGUGUAAAGACAAGUUAACUUGACGACACUCACUGGGCCCAUUUCUCGAGAAUCACGUGGUUACGUGUGCGUGCGACGGUAUAUAACCCAACCUGCCCUCGAGAGAGGGGUUGUACUGUAUUUGAUGUCAACGCAGAGAACAACACGCAGAGCAGUGAUUUGUGUGGAUUAACUUUACAUUUCUGAUUAUUUAACAGAGGACAGACAUAAAGAUGGCCCAGUGGGAGGAACUGCUGAGGCUGAAUUUACUCCAGGGCCAGUUGAGCAAUCUCUACGAGACAAAAUUCCCCAGACACAUCCGUCACUGCCUGUGCUUCUUCAUCGAGGGCCAGGACUGGGACUCUAUAGCUGUGGAUGAAAACAAAGCGAGGGCUUGUUUCAAGAAUCUCCUCAUGCAUUUGGAACAUCGUUCUGUCCAGGAGAGCAACAUUCUGCAGGGACCGGAUUUUCCGGGGAUGAGCGACUACUUGGUGAAACACUUUCAAGACAAGCCACUGCACCUGGCCAUGAUCCUCUCUGAAUGUCUACAGGAGGAAAGGAAAGUCCUGGCUUUAGCCUCCCAGAAACAGGAUUGUGGAAUUUCAGCUGUGGAAGAAAAAUGGAAAGUGUUGGACAACAGAGUGCAUGAUCUCCAGAGACAGACUUUGGAGAUAAAGAAGGAAACAAAGUCACUGGAGGUCCUGUAUGAAAACUAUGACUACAUAGAGAAGAGCUGGCAAAGCAAAGCAGAGCAGUGUGUCGGAUUGGCCCAUGCCACUGUGAGAGAGAGGUGUCUGCAGCAGGCCAGUUUUAUCAUACAAACAAAGCAGAUGGUGCUUGUGGAUAUAUGGAAGAUUUUACAGCAGGCAGACCAGAUUGUGGCAGUGCUCACUGAUGUCGAGGUGCCCGAGUGGAAGCGCAGACAGCAGAUGGCCUGCAUCGGAGGUCCAGUGGACACGAGUCUGGACCACCUCCAGAAGUGGUUCACAGCUGUGGCAGAAGUGCUAAUACAGGUGCGACAACUGCUGCAAAAACUAGAAGACCAGAACAAGAAGUACAACAGCCACGAUGCCUCCAGCCCCCCUGCAGACACCGAGACGUUUGCUCUGUCCUUGCUCACAAAGCUUCUUGAAAAUGCCCUCGUUGUUGAGAAACAACCCAUCAUGUCAAGUAUACCACAGCGACCUCUUAUCCUGAAGACGGGAGUGCGGUUUACAGCGACAGUCAGGUUUUUGGCAAACCUGCCUGAAUUCAAGUGCCUGCUCAAAGUCAAACCCGUUUUUGACAAGGGUGUCGAAGAAACCAUGAUCAUGAAUUGCUUCCGGCAGUUUGAUUUCAACAGGGACAAUAGUAAGGUGAUGGAUGUGGACUCUCCCAAUGAAGGUCUGGUGGCAGAGUUUGCACACAUGUCACUCAAGGAAAACAAAGCAAGAACCAAAGGAUCGUCUGAGAUUCAUCUGGGAGUCAUCGAAGAACUCCACUUCAUUAAGUUCCUGACAAGGUUUCGAUACGCUGGAGUGAAUUGUGACAUAGAGGCCUGCUCGCUGCCUGUGGUCGUCAUCUCCUCCACAGCUCAGAUUCCCGCUGCCUGGGCCUCUGUCAUGUGGUACAACUUGCUGUCCACCAGCGAACCGCGGAACCUGCUGUUGUUUGUCGACCCUCCUCCUCUCACCUGGCAGCAGCUGUCGCAGGUCCUGAGCUGGCAGUUUUUAUCUGUCGGCCAACGCGAACUCGAUGAAAACCAGCUCUUAAUGCUCAGGGAAAAGAUUGUGGAUAAUCCUGAUGGUCUUGUUCACUGGAGCAAGUUCAAGAAUGACAGCACCUGGAUUUGGAUCGAUGGAAUCUUGGAUUUGAUUAAAAGACACUUGGCGGAUUUUUGGCGGGAUGGGUACAUCAUGGGGUUUGUGAGCAGGAAGACAACACAGGUCCUGUUGCAGGAAAAACAAUCCGGGACUUUUCUGCUGCGCUUCAGCGAGAGCAUCAAAGAUGGGGCCAUUACCUUCAGCUGGGUUGAACACACCAACGGUGAGUCCCGCGUGCACGCAGUGGAGCCUUACACCAAGAGGGAUCUGUUGGCCUUGUCUCUGCCAGACAUCAUUUACCUCUACAGUAUGAGAGAACAGGGGAACAGGACCAGGAAUCCUCUGUGCUAUCUUUACCCAGACAUCCAGAGGGACGCCGCUUUUGGACGCUACUACAGCGCUGAAAAGUUGGCCCCUAAAAAGGACGUUACUGGUUACAUAGACAGAAAACUGGUCCCUUUCUCAGUCUAUCCGACACCACCUUCAUCUCCACCUCAGAACAUGGAAGUCGACUGGGACAACUGUGCCGAGAACGAUCAGCUGUUUCAGGAUCUCUUCAGUGAUCUCCUCGAUUUACCCGGAUCUCCUCUCAUCUUGAUGUCUCCACCACCAACUCAGGUCAACCUUCCUGGCCACAGCAGCCCUUUUUGUGGUUCGGCUGAUGUAGGUCACAUGAUAUAGGUCACAUUUUGAUUUUACUCACUAAAGUAACACAGUAAUGUAGCAUACUACAUUUGAUACCAAGUAAUACAUUAACUAUUUAUUUUUAAAAAGUUGUUAUGAGUAACUUAUAAAACGCUGGUGGCGAGUGACGGAGAUUGGGAUUAAUUUUAGGGCUGCAACUAACAAUUGUUUUCAUAAUUAAUUAAAUCGGUUGAUUCUUUUCUCAAUGAAUUGAUUGUUGUGUUUCCAAAAACCAAAGUUAUUCACUUCUAAAGACGAAAAAUUUGUAAAACGUGUUCUAGGGGUUGAGGAAUUCAUCGCAAUUUUAUCAUAGUCGCAAUAUGGUGAUAUUUCUUAAAGCCAAAGUACGUCAAAAUAUAAUUUUAGAUUAAUUAUUGUCUUAAUCUAUACAAGUGUUAUUCUGACUGAAGAGAAGAUCGUUGUUUCUCACAGAGCUGCAGAAAUAAUCACAUAGAGAUAAUUUUUCGAUAUUCAUCACAAUCACAAUUAGAUAUUUAGUCAAGACUUAAACCGACAAUUCGAUGAUCGAAAUAGAUGCCGAUUCAUUUAGUCGUCGAUGACUUUGUUGCAGCCCCUUUUUUUAAUUCGUCUCGUUUUCCCCCAGUCUCCGGGUUGACCUCUGAGCAUGGAACUGAAGCAGUGUUGUCUGUGUGAUCGCGUUAAUGAAAGUAUUGUAUUUGUGCUUUUUUUGGACAAAGGACAAAACACGAGAAGUGACAUGAUCAGGGAAAUAGUUAAAGCUCAGUUUCAUGUCGAGAGGUCACCUGCUCAGCUUGUACUGUAAUAGUAUAUCUCACCGUCACGGUGCUGCCUCCGGUCUCUGGUGCUGACUCUGGUUUCCAGUGUGCUGGGGUUUGUGUCUUUGCAUAUUUGCAUAUGUCUGACUGGGCUAAAAAUUUGUGAACUAGACUUUACCCCCAAAAUUGAUGAUUUUAAUCAGUGUUUUCACAUAGUUUUAAAGACAGUGAACGAUCAUGACCCAAAUUAAAAU